AGAAUGGUCCCACCAUCCCAUACCGCCACAACAGCUGGGGGAGGAUUUCCGAACCCGUCACAGCGAAGAUGGUGGCAGCUCCAAGCGUGUGGAUGUUCUGCUCGCCCGGAUAACAGGGUAAAGCGUCGAAACUCGCGUUUGAGCCCUCGUAAAGCAAAAAAAGAAAGGCGACAAGCGGCGGACUAAAGAAGACACACGCACACUAUCGCGUGUCGGACACAUACAAAAUAGUGCUAUAAGGAGUUGAUUCCGUUAAGAAGUCCGCUUACGUUUGGAUCAUUUGAACAAGGAUACGACCUCUUGUUUGCUCUGGGGAUUCUUUACUUCUUUGCCCAGGGGGAUGAGAAGGGAGGAAAUCGAGCUCCAAAUAACCACAGUCCUCACUGGUUCUACUCUAAACGCAGGAAAUGCGGCCCAAGGAAAAAAAACUUUUUUUUUUUAGACGGGCUGACGUUUUGCACGACUGGAAUUUAAAGUACAGUUUUUAGCCAACCACACCUUUCUGGAAUCCAACGCCGCUGGAUAUACGGAUAAAAGUGUUCUAAUGUUAAACCCGCGUUGUGUUGUUAGUAUUGCAAAGAGCUUUGAUCAUCACUAUUUAUAGCGCAGCCUCGACCCAGGCUGUUCCUCGUAUCUUUCUUGUAUGUUUUGCCAACUGCGCGCAACAAGUUGGAGUCACUCCCAGCAGAGGCAAAGCGACGCUAAUUUGGGCCAGUGGUUGGUAUUUUUUCUGCUUCUCUUUUCGGAUUGCGCUCUCUGAAUAGCACAUACCCCUCCCUGACCCGAUUUGGAAGGUAGAGGGGGGAUACACGAGGAGAUCCGGAGCGGGAGUUCAGGAAAGGACGGGGCUGGAUCUGUGGGAAUAGGCCUGCCUGCCAUUCCUACUCUCGGGCCUCGUAUACUUCAUGAGCUGGAUACUAGUCAUGGAUUGGACUCCCAAAUUUGGUUGUCAGGAAGAUUUAUAAGACAAAAUGGAAGUCAUGAAUGCACGGAAAUCCAAUUGUUCAGCACACAGGAAUGCAGAAGGUAAAGUUGCCUGAUCAAGAAACCAUUCUGAUUUCUGCAGUGAAUGUUUUGAAGGUUGGACUAAUAAUUCAAAAUUUCUUUUUGAAUCUAUGCUGCUACAAUUAUGGAUUUUUUUAAGAGGCUAUUGGACAGAUUAAAAGUGUCUUUUUUUAAGUUUUGUGCACUACCAACUGUUGACAGCCCGCAUCUGGAUGUGCUCACACAAUGCAGCCGUGGAUUUUAAAUUUUGGAGAAGUAGUGAGUAGGAAACUCUGUAUGAAACCCAGAUGCUCACUGCGGAAUGAUGCUCGUAAGUAGUGACGCAAAUCCAGGGUCUCAUCAUGAGCAGCUCAAUUAGGUGGAACGGUGUGUCUGCUGUGAGUGAACGUUUCGGCUUCUGUAUGCAUAGCAAAGACGUCUGUGCUUUGUGCUCAGCGCUAUAAGUGUGAUUACUUCUGCGAAAACACCUUUGUGCCCCUGCCCCCGUCCUUCCCGCCCCGCAGUGAACACGCAGCGCCCACGCAACACAUCUAAUUGCCUGAGCACCAUCCGAAGCUAUUAAUAUUUAACCCGCUCCUGCACCCCUCCUUUCCCUCAUCAAUAUGGCCACGCUGCAACAACACCGGCAGCUUCUCACUCACGCCACAGAAGUGAGCUGCAAUUCCAGCAGGGAUGGGGCUGUGACUGUACGGAUUACCAACAGUACACUGCCACCGCACAUGCAACAGCAUGAGCCGGUUAGGCCUGUAACUAGUGUCAGAGGAGGAGGUCGUGAAGAUAGAAGUAAAAUGAAUCCGAAUCUCCACAAAUGCAGUAUUUCCUCCAGCUGCAGCUCCGCUGACUCCAGACUGGCUAGGAGCUCCGCAACAAGGGUGCAGAGGAAGGCACCGCCAUUAUUUGAGCGUUCCGCUGCCCAAUGUUGGGACCCCAAGUUUGACUCCCCGAUCCUCGAGGAGGCAUGCCAAGAGAGGUGUUUUCCUCAGACUCAACGGCGCUUUCGAUAUGUCCUGUUCUACCUGGCGGUGGCAGCUGUGCUCUGGGCCGUUUACUUUAGCGUCAAUAGUGACCGCUGCGACCCCACGACUUUCUUGGCCCCAACUGCCUCCUUUUUGGUCCUCUUGGCACUCCUUUUCGUGUUCACCUUAACUCAGUACUACACACAACUGUACAACCAAACGUCAUUGCUCCUUAUUGCAGUCACCUUCGCCAUCACCUUGGCCCCACAGAUACAGACUGCGGGCUACACUGAGCUCGAGUGGGCUAGAAAAGCAAACGCUUCAUACCAUUUUCCUGAUGCCCAGCCAUCCCCUUGCAUCUCCCCAGUAGCCACCUUUUCUUUAUGUAUAGAGGUCCUCUUAUUGUUAUACAGUGUUCUACAUGUGCGUCUAUAUGCCUCAGUGAUGCUUGGAUUUUUAUAUUCUAUAUUAUUUGAGGCUCUAGGGUGGGUACCGUUACUUCAUAGAAGCUAUGAUUCUACUGAGUGGGGGAUAGAUUUGAGGAGUUCCAGCUCCGAUUGGGAAAAGGACACUCUCCAAUGGCUAGGUCUUGCCAAAGCGCUGCUUCACCUGUGUGUCCACGUCAUCGGUAUCCACUUGUUCAUCAUGUCAGAGGUGCGCUCUCGCAGCACCUUCCUCAAAGUCGGCCAGGCUAUCAUGCAUGGCAAGGACUUAGGGGUGGAGAAGGCCUUGAAGGAGCGCAUGAUCCAUUCGGUCAUGCCUCGACGUGUUGCGGACGAGCUAAUGAAACAAGGUGACGACGAGGGCGGUGGCAGUGAGAACUGUGGCAAACGUUAUUCCUCUGGUACCUGCUCUUCCUCUGCUGUCUCAUUGGGCGCCGGAGGAGGUGUCACUGGAGCCUCACAAUCACCAAAUGCCGCAAGCCCCAAGAACUACCCUCAUAACAACCACAAACGCAAGAAGACCUCCAUCCCACGCGGACAGAUAAUAUUUCGACCUUUCAACAUGAAACGUAUGGAACCUGUCAGUAUCCUUUUUGCAGAUAUUGUGGGCUUCACUAAAAUGUCUGCCAAUAAAUCUGCACCAGCCUUGGUUGGUCUUCUUAAUGAUCUUUUCGGACGCUUUGACCGUCUCUGUGAGCUAACAAAUUGUGAGAAGAUCAGCACACUAGGUGAUUGUUAUUACUGCGUCGCGGGAUGUCCUGACCCUAGACCUGACCAUGCCUACUGCUGUGUAGAGAUGGGACUAGGUAUGAUCCAGGCCAUUGAACAAUUUUGUCAGGAGACUUGUGAGACGGUGAGCAUGCGUGUUGGUGUUCAUACCGGCACUGUACUGUGCGGGAUUCUUGGAAUGAAGCGCUUCAAGUUCGACGUAUGGUCAAAUGAUGUCAAUCUGGCCAAUUUAAUGGAGCAGCUCGGUGUGGCAGGCAAGGUCCAUCUGUCCGAAGCUACUGCUCAAUUCCUGGAUGACCGUUACCAGCGGGAGGAUGGCCAAGUGGUGGAGCGAGCCGGAGAGAGUGUGGUGGAGAAGCUAAAGGGUUUGAAAACAUACCUGAUCUCUGGGAGAAAGUUGGGACGAGAUGUGCAGUGUGGCUGCUCUCACCUGGGAAGUGACUUUGUUGGGAUGAGCCUGCCCUCCUGUACGCAUAGCUAUGCCCCUGAAAAUGUCCAUGGUGGUGUCAAAGCUGCCGAAACCUAUUUUCCCAAUCAACCAUCAGACAUGAGUGGGCAUCCCUGUGCUUCCCGACUUGAGGUUUUGUCUUCAGUGGGAGAACAGGGUGAUGAAGUGACAGUGCUUAACGGCUGUCAGGAUGAGCGCAAGAGCAACAGUGCUAAGUACCUUCCUAGUAACAGUCUCAGGACGGCCAACGGCCUUUUGAGCCCCCCACUGGAGGAUCCUGUGAUGGCAAGUGCAAGCUCACUGAGUGACAUUCUCCAGGAGAAAGAGAAGAAAACCAGCACAAGCACAAUGACCGGCACCAGUGUGGGCAUCGCAGUUGGUGCUGGACCUCCGGGUACUGGCAUGGAGCACUCUGCUCUUAUUCAGCUGCGUGCCAAGAACUUUCGAGAGAAAAGUGACGCUCACUUCGUGGAUGUUAUCAGAGAGGACAGUCUGAUGAAGGACUAUUUUUUCAAACCACCCAUCAACAAGAUCAGCCUCACCUUUCUAGACCGACCCCUGGAGACAGCCUAUCGCAGCAGCUACAAAGAUGAGGUUAAAAACCAGGUCCAGGAACAGACCUUUGCAAGCUGCACAUUCAGCUCGUUCCUCGACGUUCUCCUCAGCUGUUUUGUCUUUUUGGCCCUCACCCUGGCAUGUUUCCUUCCACCGCUGGUGAGCUCCGCCUCUGUGGGCCCUCCGUCUUCUGCAUCACUGGCUGUGGCCCCCCUGGCUGGUCUGUUAGAGCUGGCCUCGUUGGUGCUCUCGAUACGCAUGGCCUUCUAUCUAGAGGAAGUGAUGAACUGUACACGCUCUCUGCUUCUGGUGGUGUCUGGCUGGGCUGCCCGGCACAUGAUUGGGGCUGUGUUAGUCUCACUACCAGCCGUCUCCGUCUUGUCCCAUCUUAGCUACGGUGUUCAGCUACCUCUUCAGCUGACAAUGUUCUUGUGCUGUGCCAAUAUCAUCGCCAUCAUCCAAUACUGCAACUUCUGUCAACUCAGUUUUUGGAUGCGGUCGGUCUUGGCAACUGCUACUGGGAUCGCCAUGUUGCUGUUGCUUUAUAGCCCUUUGCACAGCUCCGGUAAUAACAACUUGCCAGUUCAUGGGUUGAACACCUCCAUGUUACGGAAUGUUGGGUCAACUCCACUUUCAGACCAUCACCCUUCUCUAAGACCCCAUGAUCUCCUGGUUCCAGAAGCAGUUCUUGCCUUCUUCCUGCUUCUUCUCCUUGUCUGGUUCCUAAACCGCGAGUUUGAAGUCAGUUACCGUUUGCAUUACCAUGGCAACGUGGAAGCAGACAAGCACCGCUCCAAGAUCCAGACGAUGCGGGACCAGGCAGAGUGGUUACUUGGCAACAUAAUCCCUAUCCAUGUUGCUGACCAGCUCAAGGUGACACAGAGCUACUCCAAAAACCAUGACAGCGUGGGCGUGAUCUUUGCCAGUAUUGUAAACUUCAGUGAGUUCUACGAGGAAAGCUACGAAGGUGGCAAAGAGUGUUACCGUGUCCUCAACGAGCUAAUCGGAGACUUUGACGAGCUCCUUCGAAAGCCUGAAUUCAAAAGCGUGGAAAAAAUCAAGACGAUCGGUGCCACCUACAUGGCGGCGUCUGGCCUGAACGUCCAGCAGCUAGCAGAGAAUGAAGAGGACUCUCCACACGCUCACCUGAGGGCGCUGUUUAACUUCGCCCUGGAGAUGAUGGGCGUACUGGACGACUUCAACAAGAACAUGCUGGGCUUCGGCUUCAAGCUCCGCAUCGGAUUCAACCACGGGCCGCUCACAGCGGGGGUGAUCGGCACCACCAAGCUGCUCUACGACAUCUGGGGAGACACGGUCAACAUUGCCAGCCGUAUGGACUCCACCGGUGUGGAAUGUCGGGUGCAGGUGAGCGAGGAAAGCCACGCUGUGCUCAGGGCCAUGGGCUUGGAAUUUGAUUAUAGAGGAACUGUGAAUGUGAAAGGAAAAGGCCAAAUGAGGACCUUUCUGUUCCCGAAAAACGGGGAGUGUAUGUGCCAAGAUCAACAGGAGCCUAUUGCUAGGGCAUCGUUGACAAACACUAUAUCAGCUAUUGCCCAAGCAGCGGUGCCCUUAGAAAGCGUAGUCAGGCCCAAGACCGGCUUGGCUUUGUCCGAGGAAGCAAGAAAGGAAGGAUAUACGGACGCUUCAAACCAAGGUGGGGAGUCCUCCAUCAAAGACCAUCAGCUCCUUUCCACCACCUCUACAAGUGGAGAGGAGCAUAUAGAGGAGGAGGCGAAUGAGCUAACAAGACUCAAUGAGGAAUUUUACGCCCGCCUCUGAUUUUUUUAAUCACCCAUCCUGCCCUGAGCUGCUAUCACUCCAGAGAUGUUUGCCGGUCCAGGCAGGAUGUGCCUUCCUCUUGCCAAGUCAUGAUGAAGAAGAAUAUGGUUGAGGUAUAAAAGGAAAAAAAUCGCUCUUUACAUCGUUAAAUGGAAUUUAAUGAUGCAGUGGACUGAACCUGUGUUGAGCACAGGAGAGAAGGAUGAUGGGCAAAGGGGCAAACCAUAUUUUGUUGGUAUUGUUUUUUUUUUUUAUUAUUCCCGUUGUUAUUAGGUGCCUUAAGGACUAAAACAAAACAUAUAUGAACACCGAACAAAGUUGCUUAGCCCGUAUGAUGUAGACUGCCGAACAUUCUGUGGUUUCUUAUGCGACAACAUACAAAAAAAUCAUAAUUGUUGUGCCAUAUCAUUCAAACUUGAUGUUGAUUAAGGGAAAAAAUCAUUUAGGGUUUGUAAUAAUAGGCUGAGGCAGGGAACUAUGGGAAGAAUGAGGGAAUCACAUGAAGCAGUGUUAAAUUUUCCAUGUAUUCUAACUUGACAUGAGGGCUAUAUACAGUAUUGCGCAUGUUUUAAGAUUUUAUGCUACAAAGCAGGCUGCAAAGAUUGUACAGCGUUUUUUCCUCGACCACUUUUGAAAUACAGUGAUCCCUCGUUACUAAGCGCUUUAAAUUUUGCGCACUCAGUCCAUCGCGGAUUUUUUUUCAAUACAAAAUAAUAGGGGUGCACGAUAUCCAUUUUUUGAAACCGAUAUCGAUAACUUCCUGCUCCUCAAAGCCGAUACCGAUAUCGAUAACCGAUAAUAAAUAUAUAAUUUUUUAAAUGUAUAACCUGAGUUUUUGAACACUUGGAGGUUUAAAAAAAAAAAAAAAAAAGUGGUGGAUUCAACAUAGAUUUGCCUUUGAUCACACCAGAUUUUUCAUAAUGACAUGAACAAAACAGUGCGUUUCAGUUCUGCACUACCCGACAGCCAGCUAAGAGUGAAUGCACUUCCAUAAACCACAAGGCUUGGUCUUUUCUUGCUUUUAUGGGAGGACACUCGUCCUAAUAUUGUGAAAGUACAACAGAAAAAUACACAUAUUCAAUUAGGGGUGUGACAAAAUAUCGAAAUGGUGAUAUAUCGUGAUAGCUUGUAUCCUAAAAGGUUAUCGAUAUGCUCCUGCCAAGAAUCGAGAUAUCGUUUCUGGGAUCUGGGCUACUUGCAGGCCAUGAUAUUAACUGGAUGAGUCUUUCUCCAAGGAAUGCGUUAGCAGUUUUAGCUCUGUAGCAUGAUGCAUUGUCAUCUUGAAAAAUGACAAACGUAUUUUUAAUUGAAGGGAUAAGAAAGCUGUCUAAAAUUUCAAUGUAAACUUGUGUAUUUAUUGAAGAUUUAACCACAGCCAUCUCCCCCGUGCCUUUGCCUGACAUGCAGCCCCAUAUCAUCAAGGACUAAGGGAAUUUUGAUGUCUUUUUCAGGCAAUCAUCUUUGUAAACCUCACUGGAACGGCACCAAACAAAAGUUCCAGCAUCAUCACCUUGUCAAGAGUCAAGAAUCUGCAUUGGACAAGGGGUCAAGAGUCAAGAAUCUGAGUUGGACAAGGUGAUGAUGCUGAAACUUUUGUUUGGUGCUGUUCCAGUGAGACCUUAAAUGGCCCAAAAUUACCUAAUUGCCUGGCAUUGACUGCCACUGACAGCCAUAGACGUUCAAUCCGUUUGAAGUGGGAGGGAUGGCCACCCUCCCAGUACAAAUGGAUUGGACGUCUACUAGUGAUAAACUAAUUCCAAUUCACACUAAAAGCUUGUUUUUCUGUUAAUUAGUUGUUUGUAGAAUAUCCUAGAAUGGUUUCCUGACCAAUGUAUUGCUAAUCGUUGUAUCGCCAUAUCGUCAGAUCAUCGUUAUCGUGAGCUUUGUAUCGCAAAUCGUAUCAUAUCAUGAGGUACGAAGAGGUUCCCACUGCUAUAUUCAAUACUCAAUAUACAAGAAACUGCACAAUACACUUACAUACACAACUAUUAUAUGUAUAGCAUAGCACACUGGCUUGAGCUACUAAAGCAUUGGGUGGCUUCUAUAACAACUUAUGAAGUUCUGGACAUUUGACCCUUCACCACAGAAAUAAACAUAUAUUGCACAUCCAUAUGUUAUAGUAAACAUAAAAUACUUACAUAUAUUUCCGAGGCGGAAACGUAACAGAAAGCAUUCACGACUGUCAAUGCUACCGCUAGACACCGCAAUGUAUAAGUGAUUGAAACAAACUACUGUAACAAAAAAUAGAUGCAGUGAAUUAUUCUGACCAGCAGGUGGGAGCAAUGCCCCGCAAAUGGUCAACUGAUUUCCCAUACUAGUUUGUAAACUGUAAAGCCACAACAGUACAUAUUAUCGGUCCUAUUCUAAAUGUUAUUGGAUUUAUGGGGAUGACGUCAUAAUUCCUAUUAUUGGACCGAUAAUUAUCGGACCAAUAAUUAUCGUGCACCAGUAAAAAAUACAGAUUAGCUGUCCCGAGCCAAUCACGUAGUCUCACUCUCCCUCCUGCUGCUUUUUAGCCCCUUCACAAACAUAUCCCGGUAAAUUCCCAUGUAAAGUGAUAUGGUAUUUACUCACGUCAUUGCUACCACGUAUGUAGAGACAUCCCGGGAAUGACACGGGGUGGACACUUUCAUGUUUUGUUACAGAGCGUGGAAGUGUUCCAGACGUCGUAACAGCAGCCAGUUCAAGAUCAUCAAGACUGUAUUUUAAGCCCAGGCGAUCCGAAAAAAGGGUGCCGAGAUAUUAACUUGCUGAGCGCCAUUCGACACCUCUGCCGGCCUUGUUUUGAAAUCCCCUACUUUGUACUGGUAUUUUAAUGUAGCGUAUUGGCCCGAAUAUAAGACGACUCUGCUUAUAAGACGACUCCCUCUUUUUCAAGACUCAAAUUUGAAAAAAGACUUAUUGAUCACCAAAUUUUUAUACAGAAAAUAAUUAGAGUACAUCUGAAACAAAUGAUUAUAACAAUAUAUUUGAGAGAAAAAACAUGUUAUUUUGCAUCAUUCAAAUCUUAAUAUCUGAACCUUUAAAUAUGUAAACUAAAGUGCAAUCAAAUCCGUAAAUGAAUGGCUUCUGGUUUUUGAAAUGUAAAUAAACCAAUCUAUUGGGAUAAAACAACAAAAUUGCAAUAACUGCAUUACCCAUCAAAGUGAGGUCUAACUGUAACUGUAGUCUUGAAACAAAUCUGAAUAAGGAAACAUUGCAAUAAAAUAAUGCAAACUGGUUAAACUUGAGAGUAGCUGGGAUCUGUCAUGACAGAACAUCGCUUCAAUGAUAUCUGGCGCCAUCUAGCGUCGUGAAUGUGUAUCAUGUCUAGACCCUGAAUAUAAGACGACCCACACUUUUUCAGUCUUAUUUCAAUGCAAAAAACACCAUCUUAUAUUGGGGCUAAUACGGUAUUAAAGUUAACAAUGAUUGACAGACUUUUAUUGUUUGAUCUUGCCACAGAUGCUUGGAAGCCGAAGCUUCAAAGCGCCGCAUGCGUCAAUCAUCAUUGAACUUGUUAAACAAUUGCUGUGGCAACUCAAUUUAAGUGAGCAGCUUAAGCGGAUUUGAGUGGACUCACUCAAUGAAGCAUUUAAAAAAGACAAGCAUUUUUCUACUUCUCGUUUUCUUGUUUAAAAAUAAUUUGGUGGGACAGUAACAUGUUUAAAACUUAUUACAUUUGAAGUGCUUAAAAACAAUUUAUUAAAAUAUAUAUUUGGCGGAAAAGGUGACUUGAAGUUUUGCUCUGAGACCUCCAAUUUGGCCAAAUUUCAAAAUUAUCCAAUAUGCAUGUGUGAUACAUCAUUGGAAAGCUUAAAAUCUCAAUUUUCUGGGGGAAGAACAAUUUUGAACAGGAAGGCAUUUAAAAAAAAAAUUAAACCCUUAAACCCUAACUCGAGGUGAGAAGCUGACAGAGCAUGAUUAAAGACACCAUGAUUUUAACGAGAUAUUAUCGUGUACUUACCUUGUUUCAAUCCAAAAAACUCCAUGUAGCAUGUCUCACCAAGUGUCAAGACACAGCUGUGGAUGGCCACUGCUGUACUUUUGGGGGAUUUUAUGGGUGAAACACGGUCAUAUAACAAGGGUUGCAAUGCAGAAAUCGCAGACAUCAAGGAGUGGUUGAGAUUUUCUUUUACAAAUAUUUAACCUUUCAAACUUUUUUUUUUUUUUUCCAAUUUUUCUUUGUUUGGAUCGAUUAUCUAAAAUAUCGGGGGAAAUGCGACAGUACUUUGUUUGGAUCGAUAAUCUAAAAUAUCGGGGGAAAUGCGACAGUAACAAAAAAAAAUAAUACUACAAUCAAGUGAUAGUUAUGAGGUAGAUAUCCGUGAACUAUUUAGAGACACUAUUUUUUUUCUUGUGACGUAAUUUGUUUAAAAGUUCAAAAUAUGCGAGUGAAUAAUUUUAUAAAGUUUUUUUUUUCCAACUAAAUAUUAGGCAUCAAUUAAUGAUUCUAAGCUAAAAAUAAUAGACAUUUCGAAUAACAAAUACAAUUCUUUUAAUGGCUGGGUUGAAACAAAAGUGGUUGCUCGGUGUCUGUAAACGGGGGUCUCCAGGGUAAAACGGACACGUUAAAAAUAGUUUGGGGGCUUAAUGCGCCAUGAAAAUGCUAUGGCAGCAUAUAGACAUAUUGUUCUAUGGUAAAUGGUGUUAUACUUAUAUAUCAAACACAACACUUCAUUUGGCUUAAAAUACAGCAGUUUAUUUUAAAGAGGGGUGCAAGAGCAGAAACUGCUUUUUCAGCCUUGUCUGUGUUUUCCGCCAUAUUUUGAUAUGUUUUUUUUUUAAUUAUACUUUGGAGGGAAAAAAGUGGAAAAACAUGCCUUAUAUAUAUAUAUAUAUAUAUCUUUCCAAUACUAAAUCUGAAUAAACAUGUUGAACACACACAAAAAUUCUACUUCGCAGUUUUUCACUUAUCGCGCCCGGGUUCUGGUCUCCAUUAACCGCGAAAAACGAGGGAUCACUGUAGCUCAAAUCAAAUUUUUUUUCUCUCGCAAAGUACAAUCAAAAGCACAAAAUUAAAUCUGACACAAUUCAUGUUAGGGCAAAAAGGGAGAUCAUCACAAAUAGCAGGAAGGCACUUUAGCUAAACUUGAUACUGUGACCUAAAAUGUGAGCGUGAAACAAUCGUUCAGGCUCCUGUACUUAAAUCAUUGAAAUUUAACGCUAAUGGUCACACGACAAACUUGUCUGCAGUCUGACAAGAUUUGCAAACUGUUCAGAUUUCCUCCUCAUGCAAAGGUAUUGAAUGGUAUGAUAUUGAAAAGAAUGGAAAGAAUAAGUAGAUUAAUUCAUUCACUGCCAGCCCAGAUAUGCUGUCUGUACAAUAUUCACAGAGUACCCUUAAAAACACCAAUUGACGCCCAAUCCAUUUUGACUAGAUUGGACAUCUACCUCUGUCAAUGGCAUCCACUGAGUUAAGAGGGACUCGGAGGGACAGUCACUGUGCAGACUAAGACGUUCACAUUGGAGAAUCGAAGCACAGAACAUUGAUUUGUUGCCUUAGAAGGGGAAAAUAACUGAUUGGUCAGUCCGCCUGUUAUAUUUAUUCAAUAUUUCAGUGUUUUGUUCCCCCCUUCCUUCAUUUUGUGUGAUUGUUUUAACGUGUGGGACGGACACAGCCUCUUCGUUGAGGGGGCCUCUACUGUAUCAAUAGACAUAAUAUUGUGCCACUUUAAUUGUGUGAUCUUUAGGUGCAUCAAAGCCUAAAUUAGUUGAUUGUUUUGUAGUGCCUGAAGGUAUGAGUGUAUAUGUGAGGAAUUUGCUUUGCAGAAUGAAUGCUAUCAUGCUGAAAAUAGAUGGUUAUAUGUUCAGGGGUGAAACCUGCUUUUGCGCAAAAGUAUGUGUUUUUAUAAGUGACAGUUAUAUUUUUACCAUUUUUCAACGCUACGUUAAUUGCCCGCCUUUGUUACCAUGGUGGCGUCUGUAUGAAAUGAAGCACUUGUUUUCAAUUAAGUCUAAGAUAUAGAUGUCGUUAAAGUUAGUAAUGCAGAUAUAGUUGCAGAAAUUGAACAGAAAAACAAAUUAAUCUGCCACAGGGCCAGUGUUGAAGUGACUGCAGUGCUGUGGGCAAAAUUGCAUCUUUAUAUAUCGGUCCAGAUUUAAAUCCAUACACACUCCAAAAAAUAGUGGUGACAUUUGAUUCCACACAGUUGUAACUUUUGUCAAAUAAGGAAAAAAUUAGGGCUGUCAAAUGAUUACAAUUUUUAAUCGAGUUAAUUACAGCUUAAAAAUUAAUUAAUCGUAAUUAAUCGCAAUUCAAACCAAUAAAAUAUGCCAUAUUUUUUUGUAAAUUAUUGUUGGAAUGGAAAGAUAAGACACAAGACGGAUAGAUACAUUCAACAUACAGUACAUAAGUACUGUAUUUGUUUAUUAUAACAAUAAAUCAACAAGAUGGCAUUAACAUUAUUUAUAUUCUGUUAAAGCGAUCUAUGGAUAGAAAGACUUGUAGUUCUUAAAAGAUAAAUGUUAGUACAAGUUAUAGAACUUUUAUAUUAAAACCCCUCUUAAUGUUUUCGUUUUAAUAAAAUUUGUGACAUUUUCAAUCAAAAAAUAAACUAGUAGCUCGCCAUUGUUCAUGUCAUGAAACCCAUAAAGUCAGUCGCACCCAAGCGCCAGCAUAGGGCGACAAAACACCAUUACAUUACAAUGUGCCUGUAAUUUUAAUAUGUUUGAGCGGGGCAUGUGCGUUAAAUGUAGAGAUGUCCCGAUCGAUCGGAAUCGGCAAAACAUAUCGGCCAUGCCUUUUUUUAAUAUAUAUCUAUUUUUUUUAAUUAAAUCGUUUUCUAAUUGUAUUUAACGUUACAGACAUAAUAUGUUACACUUAUCCAGAGUCUUUAGUUUAGGCUUAAGGUAGGGUUAUCAAAUUUAUUCCAAUAACGGUGGUAAAUAAUUAAAAAAAAAAUGUAUCACGUGAAAAUAUUUAACGCAAUUAAUGCAUGCGCCGCACGACCCACUCACGCAUUGUCGCGCUCCAUCUGUAAUGGCGCCGUUUUGCCAAUAGAGAGAGAGUUAAAAGGCUGCAUAAAAUGAGUACAGUGAAUUUUGGCAGCUUUUAGAGCCUUAUUUUAAUUGGCUAAAGCCUUACAAUCCCUCUCCGUACGAUUAAAAAUAUCAUGGGAAGGAUUGUGGGGAAGCAAGGUAACAAGUGCUCUUUUUCUUAACACCUUAAAUUAUAUCCUAUUGCAGAGAAGAUAGUAUAUGAAUUGGUAGCACUACGCACAGUCGUGGUUUCACUUGUCAUGGUUCCACUUCCCAUCAUGCAUUGGGCAUGGCCUUCAGUAUCAUUUACUGAAAGCUCAACAAAUACACUAGAUGGCAGUAUUUAGUCACAAUAUACAAAGUCACAAGUCUUUCUAUCCUUGGAUCCCUCUCACAGAAAAAAUGUUGAUAAUGUAAAUGCCAUCUUGAGGAUUUCUUGUCAUACCAAACAAAUUCUGUACUUAAGUACUGUAUGUUGAAUGUAGAUAUUCGUCCGAGUUUCAUUUUUUUCUUAAUGCAUUGCCAAAAUGCAUAUGAUCGGGAAAAAAUAUCGGGAAUGAUUGGAAUUUAAUCGGGUGCAAAAAAAAGCAAUCGGAUCGGGAUCGGCAGAUACUCAAACUAAAAUGAUCGGGAUCGGAUCGGGAGCAAAAAAACAUGAUCGGAACAACCCUAGUUAAAUGCGUCAAAUAUUUUAACGUGAUUAAUUUUAAAAAAAUUGAUUACCGCCCGUUAACGCGAUAAUUUUGACAGCCCUAGAAAAAAUACAGCAUUUUAUUUUAUUUUUUUUUGUACUCAACUAAAUAAUAAAUGUGUACAACCGUUAAACUUGAAAUCUACGUCACUGUUUGUGAGUGAUAUACAGUGAAGAGAUUAAGUAUUUGCACCCUGUGUGAUUUUGCAAGUUCGCCCACUUAGAAAAUAGAGGUCUGAAAUUUCAAUCAUACGUACAUUUCCACUUUGAGACAUAAUCUAAAAAAAUAUGGAACUCACAUUGUAUGAUUUUUCAAUAAUUGUAAUUUACUGGGGUUCAAAAGUAUUUGUACUCCUGAGAAAAUCAGUCCGAAUAUUUAGUGCAGAAGCCUUUGUUUUCAAUUACAGAGGUCAGACGCUUUGUGUAGUUUUUCAUUAGGUUUUCACAUAUGUGAACAGGAAUUUUGGCCCAUUCCUCCACACAAAUCUUCUCUAGAUCUGUAAGGUUUCUGGGAUGUUGUUGAGAAACCCAAAGUUUCAGCUCCAUCCAAAGACUUUCUAUUGGAUUGAGGUCUGGAGACUGGCUAGGCCACUCCAGAACCUUGAUAUGCUUUUUACACAGCCACUUGGUCAACUUGGCUGUGUGCUUCGGAUCAUUGUCAUGUUGGAAGAUCUAGCCACGACUCAUCUUCAAGUCUCUGACUGAGGGAAGGAGGUUGUGGCUGAAAAUCUAACGAUACAUUUCACCAUUCAUCCUCUGCUUUAUACAAUUCAAUCGUCCUGUCCCCUUUGCCGAAAAGUAGCCCAAAGCAUGAGGUUUCCACCCUCAUACUUCACAGUGGGGAUGGUGUUCUUGGAAUUGUACUCAUCUUUUUUCCAUCACACACGACGAGUAAAGUGUGCACCAAAAAGUUCUACUUUGGUCUCAUCUGACCACAUGACUUUCUGCCAUGACCCCUCUGCAUCAUUCAGAUGGUCCCUGGCAAAUACAGAUGGGCCUUCACUUGUACUGUCUUCAACAGGGGAACCUUCUGAGCAAUGCAUGAUUUUAAAUAGAGAUGCCGAUCGAUCGGGUCCGAUCACAUCAUUUUCAAAGUAUCGGAAUCGGCAAAAAAAUAUCGGCCAUGCCUUUUUUUAAUAUAUAUAUAUUUGUUAAAUAAAUUGUUUUCUAAUUGUAUUUAACAUUACGGACAUAAUAUGUUACACUCAUCCAGAGUCUUUAGGCUUAAGGUAGGGUUAUCAAAUGUAUCCCGUUAACGGCGGUAAUUAAUUUUUUAAAAAAUGUAUCACGUUAAAAUAUUUAACGCAAUUAAUGCAUGCGCUGCACGGCCCACUCACGCAUUGUCGCGUUCAACCUGUAAUGCCGCCGUUUUACCUAUAUGUAGAGCUAAAAGGCAGCGUAAUAUGAGUAGAGUGAAUUUUGGCACCCUUCGAAGCCUUUUUUUAUUUGGCUAAAGCCUUACAAUCCUUCUCCCUACGAUUAGAAACAUCGUGGGAAGCAAUGUGGGGAAGAAAGGUAGCAAUUGAUCGUUGCCCUAUUUUAUUUCCCAACGCAGAGAAGAUAUAUCAAUUGGUACCACUACGCACAGUCAUGGGUGCACUUCCCAUGCAUUAAGGCAGAACAGAUGGCUACAGUAUCAUUUACUGAAAGCUCAACAAAUACACUAGAUGGCAAUAUUUAGUCACAAUAUACAAAGUCACAUUUAUCCUUUAAGAAUUACAAGUCUUUCUAUCCUUGGAUCCCUCUCACAGAAAGAAUGUUAAUAAUGUAAAUGCCAUCUUGAGGAUUUAUUGUCAUAAUAAACAAAUACAGUACUUAUGUACUGUAUGUUGAAUGUAUAUAUUCGUCCGAGUUUUAUUCAUUUUUUUCUUAAUGCAUUGCCAAAAUGUAUAUGAUCGGGAAAAAUUAUCGGGAAUGAUUGGAAUUGAAUCGGGAGCAAAAAAAAAGCAAUCGUAUCGGGAAAUAUCGGGAUCGGCAGAUACUCAAACUAAAACGAUCGGGAUCGGAUCAGGAGCAAAAAAACAUGAUCGGAACAACCCUAAUUUUAAACCAUUACACCGUAGUGUUCUGCUGACAGUAGCCUUGAAACUGUGCAUCCAGCUCACUUCAGGUCAUUGACCAUCUCCUGCCAUGUAGUUCUAGGCUGAGCCCUCAUUUUUCUUAUCAUGAGUGAUACCCCACGAAGAGAGAUCUUACAUGGAGCCCCAGUUCGAGGACGAGUCAUGUUUAGCCUUUUCCAUCCUUUAACAAUUGCUGCAACUGAUGAUUUAUUCUCACCAAGCUGCUUUCCAAUUGUCCCAUAGCCCUUUCCAGCUUUGUGGAGCACAACAUUUUUUUAUCGAGUGUCUUUCGAAAGCUCUCUGGUCUUGCCCAUGGUAGCAGUUGGAUUAUGACUGACUGUGGGGUGCACUGGUGACAAUAUUGAGCGCAAACGAGUGGUGGGUGGUUGGUUACUCAUGGGGUAAAGGUGGAUUUUUUUAAACGUAGACUGACAACUCUUUUAGUGUCAUAAUUCUUGCUGAUUCUCAGGGGUACAAAUACUUACGAACCCCAGUAAGUUACAAAUAAAUUCUUUUUUUAAAUCAUACAAUGUGAUAUGUCUCUAUGAGUGGAAAUGCAUCUAUGAUUGAAAUUUCAGACCUCUACCUAUUAUCCAAGUGGGUGAACUUGUAAAAUCACAAGGGGUGCAAAUACUUCUGCCCCUCACUCUAUAUAUAUGUUUUUUAAAUAUAACAUUAAGGAAACUCUUACCUUUGCCCUUGUGCAAUUCAAAAAGUGCCUUAACACCAAUAUGGUUUAUAAUGUACAGUACAUUAGUGUAUUUUGUACAUUUUCAAGUGCAUUUCUCACCAGUAAAACUUUAGAGACUCAACAGUCAUUCACACAAAGUGCUUUAUAAGUUCCAAGCAUUGUUGUCGACAUCACUUAUUUU